AUUUGCCUUACUCUAUCUUGCUGCACCCGCCCUCCACCCUUCCCUUUUCCUCCAGCUUCUGCCACACUUGGAAUUCAGUUCUCUUUUCCCUCUUCUUCAACAUCGCUGCCGCCAGCCAGAUUUCCACCCCGCCAAUGGUUUUGCGCGCGUAACAAAUUCAAUUUCCAACGAAUUACUCGCCAUCGAGACCGGCUUGCGUCAGCCAUUAUUCAAUCCCGCCCAAAUCGGUUCCGCCACAUUCCACCACGACUCGUCCGCUCGUCCCGUCAAAUUCGGGGUCGUCCACGAACAAGAACCGCCACGUGUGGCUGAACGAUUCGAAGCUCCCAUGACUUGUCGUUGACCAUCAACAACCUCGACGACGCGGUCGCAUCGGAGCUUUCUUUUCCAAUUCAAACCCUCCAAUUAAUCGGUUGAUGCUUUCGCCCGCUCAUGGCCUCGGAUAACGGUCCCAUUGCGACCGAAGCCCCCCUCCUGGCAGCGACGACGCCGGUCGCAUCAGACACUUUCGCGCUUGGGGGAGAUCCUGCUCGCACCAAGUCGCUCAAGAGGGCGCGCGAGUCUACUCCUACUUCGCCCACGUCUGUUAUCGACCCUAUUGUCGAAGGCGCCGUUCCUCCUAUCCCUCCCUCUAUCGACUAUCCCUCCCCCACGAAGUCCGCUCGUUUCGGCUUGGCAUCGUCAAGACGCUCACCGACACCAUUGACAGCCGCCGCGGCGCUCGAAGCUCUCGAAGAGGAACGCAAACGCGAACAGCGCCUAAAUCCACCCGCCUCAAGCGACAAUCCAGGCCACUCGGUGCUUUCCGUAUUGGCCGGUAGUGUUGCCGCCAUGAGUCGACCCGACGAAGCACCCCAAGCUCCAACGGCUGCCAUGGAGGUCACCACCAAGGCUCCCGAACCGGUGUCAAUCCCACAAGUUAGCAAUGCGCCCGCAGAACCUGCAGAGAUCAGCCCGCAAAGCGCAGCGAGCGCAGCUAGUAUUGCAGGCGCUUUGGUGACGGCCAGUCCAGGCCCAAUGGAAGUUGAUCCCAAGCUGAGCGAACAACCUCAACAGCCACAACCUCAACAGCCACAGCAUCAGCCCCAGCAGCCGCACCCGGCCCCGGUUCACGAUGAGAAGAAUACGCCCGGAUCACUUUCAUAUCCGGGUUCGCUCCAAGCCGCCGCCAUGAUGCCCGCACCACCGGCGCGCGGCAUGAGCUUUCCCAUGCCGUCGCCCGGCCACGAUUCUCCGACUCAAUCCGGCAAGAAGCACAAGUGCCCGUUUUGCGAGACGGAAUUUACGCGUCACCACAACCUCAAGAGCCAUCUGCUCACUCACAGCCAGGAAAAGCCGUACAUAUGUCAGGAGUGUAACAUGCGCUUCCGACGCCUCCACGAUUUGAAGCGUCAUAGCAAAUUGCACACAGGCGAGAAACCCCACAUAUGUCCCAAGUGCGAUCGGAAGUUUGCUCGGGGCGACGCACUCGCUCGGCACAGCAAGGGUGCGGGUGGUUGUGCGGGCCGCCGCUCCAGUAUGGGCAGUUUCGACCAGACCGAUGACUUGGACGGGCCGAGUAUGCAUGAUGGCGAUGAUUCAAUGGCUGGCAUAGUGUAUGCCAACGAAGAAGACUUGACGGAGGAGGAGAGGCGCCUGAGCCUGCCAAGCAUCAAGGCACAGCAUAUUGCAGGUGGACCUGGUAGCAUCGAUGGAUAUAGCGCUCAUUCGCGUACAUACCCGCCAGCAGGUCCGCGACCCGGAACCGGCGGGCUCUAUCCGCCCAACGUUGACCGCGGUACAGCAAGUUCGACCACGUCUCCAAGCAUGCCCAACAGCAUUGCUGGUGCUCACACGCCGAAUACGAGCGUGUCUUCUGUGCCCGUAAGUGGCGCUUCUGUCUACUCACAAAGUGGCAUGACGGAAAGCCCGAAGCCAUUGAGCCCCGGGCACGAUACAAACAACAUUGCGAGACAACGUUCGCCAAGUCUGACGCAACAAUUCCAGCAGCACCAAUAUGGCCGCAGGCCUUCUGACAGGAACACUUCGCCAGCCUUUGUUGCUCCGGCAUCACAGGCUGGCGCGGCUCCGGCAGGGGCCGCCCAUGCUCGUGGUUCCAGCGGAACGCAGCCAGGAAGUGGGGCCGAGAAUGGCGGCAAUAUGUUCGCCACGGACCCGGGUGUCUGGGCGUACAUCCAGAGCCUCGAAGAGAAGGUCAAACAGCUGUCGGAUAAGGUCACGGCUUUUGAAAAGGCAGAGAGCGCGAAGCAGGCGCAGAUUGGACUUCUCACGAGCGAAGUCACGGGACUCAAGAAACAGCUGGAGGCCCAUGGUGGCGAAGCGACGGAGGUCAAAGUAUAAUGCAGUACACGCAGGUACAAACGACGGCAUGUUCUUCAGCCGUCGGCGCAACCUAUCACCUAUGUAACAACGACGAAAUGUUUCUGGUGGGGAGCGGGCAAGAGGAUACCUCAUGCAGCGGCAGCAGGAGGACAAAUUGGCGUUUUUCACUCAUUAUCGGCGUCUUGAUUUCUCAUCUCUCGUUUAUCACACCCAUGUUUCUGCCUCUCUGACCCAUCAGUUAGCAGGACGACCCGUUUCGUCCCGGGGGAAGGCGUUUUAUUCAGGGCACUGGUAGACGUGCACGGUGGACCUCGAUAUGAAAAAAAGUUUUGAGUUGGUCCGUCGUUGGAAAAUGGGGCCGAGUCUAUGGCCAUGUCCCACGAUUUCCCGCGACGGAUUUUUCCUUCUUCAUUCUGGUAGUUUUUCACACUGAGGAUCCUGAUAUCGGCUUUUCCCUCUCAUGUAUUAUAGCGGUCGUUGCAGAAAGUCUAGCCUCGAGGCUCUAGGUCUUCCUUGAGGAGACAGAAUAUCGGAAUUUCAAUGCCUUUUAGACAUCAGGUCCAUCGAAUCCCUGAAUUUCAUUUCAUUUCAUUUCACCUCGGUUGCCGCCUCUGGUCACGGUGCUCAACUUGCUCUGUCCCGAACAAAACGACAAUAAUCAAUCUCGAUCCAUCCCCAGACUGUAGCAUCACCUGCUAUGCGACAAAGUCGUUGCAACUUGCAAGGG